UCAAUCGUUAGUGCAAUCUAAUAUAAAUUGUUAUGAGCUGCAAAGACGUUGCAAAAAAAAAAAAAAAAGGAGGGGGAGGGGCUGAAUCUGUUUCAUGAUAAUUGUAAGGGGCAGUGCAAACAUAUACAUUGAUUAGUCAUUUUAUUUCCUUCCUUUUUCCAUUUGUUUAUAAAUAAAUAGAAUUUUAAAGAUGCAACUAUCCAAUCGACUGUGGGGAAUGCAUAUUUAUAUGAAAUAUAUUUUUUUCUGCAUGUUCAUGAUUUCCUACACGGAAUUAAUUCAAAGGAAGUAAAGUUAGAGUGUGAUGCUGAUGGAAAAAAAAAUAAGCAAAUGUUCUGCUGGUUCCUUAGGCUGCACAUUAUUGUGCAUUCUGCACAAUUUGGGUGUUUGGGUUUGGGAGAAAGGAGGAAAAAAAAGAGGGAAAAGCGAUGGGGCAAUUCCAAGCAGCUCAGCUCGUCUGUGGAAAUUAGGCGUCUUUCCCAUCCCGUAUUAUUCCCCCCUCGUAGUUGGCGUUGGAGCUGGUAAGGUGGGUUAACUCCAUGCAGCUCAAGUCUCCGUGAAGCGCAUGCACAGCCCCGCGUGAUGACGUCGCGCCCCCGAUGACCAAUAGGGAGGCGCUGCCCUUUGGAGACAAACCAUUUUACUUGUAGUGUCUGCACCAAGUCUGCAAGCAAGGGCGAGAUUUUAACAGUGAAACCAAAAACAAAAACAAAACAAAAAUAUCUCCCUCCUCUUCUAGUUGACUUUGAGUGAGAAUAUCACUGGAUGAAGAAUUAAAGUCGCUUGCGCAGGGGGAAAAUCCGGGAAGACAUUUGGAAAAGAGGAGAGAAAGAGAGCGAGAGAGAGAGAGAGAGCGAGAGAGAGAGAGAGAGAGAGAGAGAGAGAGAGAGAGACGAAGCCGAUUCGGUCUUGAGAGAGAGGGAGGUGAGUGCUCUCAAGGCAGGAAAAUUUCGAUGAUGACCAUGACUACGAUGGCUGACGGUCUGGAGGCGCAGGACUCGUCCAAGUCUGCUUUCAUGGAGUUCGGCCAGCAGUCCCACUCGCAGCAGAGCUCGCCGUCGAUGGCGGGCGCCCACUACCCGCUGCACUGUCUCCACUCGGGGACGCACCACCACCAGCACGACAACACCGCCGCCUAUCCGGCCGGCAACACCUACAACAGGUCCCUAGCCUACCCUUACGUCAGCCACCCGCACCACAGCCCCUACCUGUCCACCUACCACAACAACACGGGAGGACAGACGAGGUUAGACGGCGCAGAGCAGCAGAAAACGACAGUGAUUGAAAACGGGGAGAUUCGUUUUAACGGCAAAGGCAAGAAGAUCCGCAAACCCAGGACCAUUUACUCCAGUUUGCAGCUGCAGGCGCUGAAUCACCGAUUCCAGCAAACCCAGUACCUCGCCUUACCUGAGCGGGCCGAGCUGGCCGCCUCUUUAGGACUCACGCAAACGCAGGUACGGACGAGGUCAAGAUCUGGUUCCAGAACAAGAGGUCCAAGUUCAAGAAGCUGCUCAAGCAAGGAGGAAACCCGCUCGAAAGCGACCCCAUGCCGGGUUCCAUGAACCUCUCCCCUCGCUCCCCGUCCAUCCCGCCCAUGUGGGACGUCUCGGCCUCAUCCAAAGGAGUAAACAUGGCAGCCAGCAGCUACAUGCCGGGCUACUCUCACUGGUAUUCAUCCCCGCACCAGGACUCCAUGCAGAGAU